UUUGCUUCAGUGCCUGUUGUGAAUAAACAAGAGCUAUCUCAGAAGAAAAUACUAACAGAGUUACAAAGCCGAGGUAGUCCAAACUUCUAGUGCUGAAACUGAGCAAAGUUGAGAUGAACAUCACACGCGUACCUCUAUACGUCCCUGACUUAGAGAAGCUGAAAGCUGUUCUAACGGAGGAGCUGGCUAAAAACUUCGCUGAAGUUUCAGUUGAAGUCGUCGACUGUCCAGACUUGAAUAAACCACCCUUUAGUUUGGGAGCUUCUGGGCUUGGAGGAAAUCCAGAAAUACUAGACAUCGGAGGACCAUCUGUGUCUAUAGAUGGUGCUUCCGAAUCUUAUACUCUAGAUGCUAUUGUGUCUCGUAGCAGUGGUCGCACGAAAGGAUUUAUGAUUGGAGCUUCUCAGGGACCUGAAGAUUAUUAUCUUGGAUUGUGCGAAAUUGUUGUGAACGUUGUUUUAAAUUGUCCUGCGUCCUACCCAGGAUCGAUUGCUGCGCUUUCAAAUGCUGAGAAUGACGACUAUUAUAUGGAAAGAUUACCCGGAAACGACAUGGGAAUAACUUUUGUAGGAAACGUGCUUCUUAGUGAAGGCGAGCCCGUAAAAGUUGUACAAGUUCAUGUAAAAAAACGCAUCGGCAGUAUAUCGGCUUUUCCAGAUAACAUAUAACAGAUUUUAGCGAAACAAUACGAAGGCUAAGUUGUUGGUAUCGAACGUUACAAAUUGGCUAGAACGAUUUGGCUCCAGACUCUGCAUUGUUUACCCGAAACGCUCCCUGUAAUUUUGUGGCUUAUCGUAGCCGAGCUACAUAGCCACGUUUCCAACAAGAACAAAAAGUAUCAUCUGAAUCUAAAAUGCCCUGCGUCUGAGAAUUCAAAAUCCUCCCCAGAGGAGCAUGGACCAAA